AUGAAGACACUACCAGUAUUGAUCGCUGCAGUUGUCUUAGUGCUGCUGCUCGGCCCACUGAGUUUAGAUGCUGUGAACUUUCAAAGCGCUUCACCAAAUUUAAACAAGUACAACCCAAAUGAUUCGGAGAGGUGCCUACAGCCCCCAGUCGGUGGCCUAAUUUCCCGCGGGCCGGGGCCUGCAUCCACAACCGAUGAGGUGCUGGAGUCCAGCCAGGAAGCGCUGCAUGUAACGGAGCGCCGGUACCUGCGCCUGGACUGGUGCAAGACGCAGCCUCUCAAGCAGACUAUCCACCAGGAGGGCUGCCUGAGCCGCGCCAUCAUCAACCGGUUCUGCUACGGACAGUGCAACUCCUUCUACAUCCCAAGGCACAUUUACCAGGACGGAAACGCCUUUCAGUCCUGCUCUGCCUGCAAACCCAAAACUUUCAGCACUAUUACGUACACCCUCUUCUGUCCGGGACAGACGCCCAGCACCAGGAAGAAACGCGUCCAGCGUAUAAAGCAGUGCCGAUGCACAGCAAUAGACGCGGAUUAG